CCGCUGGGGCAGCUGCGGCCACUGGGAGUCCAGUGGACGACGGUCCCCGGCCACUCUUGGAAACAGCCAGCUUGAGCCGGGAUCCUUGCCGUGGCCACCGAGGUCCGUGCCGCCGCCACCGAGGUCCUCGUGUGUCGCGCGCCCCCCUGGUCGUGGGGAACUAGGGACUGGGCGGAGAAGCCGGCAGGUGGGCAAGGGCGCAACCGAGCCUCCCUCCCCCCUCCGCCCCUCCACUAGGCAGGAGCUUGAGAAGAUUCGAGCUGCACUGGACACAGGUUGUUUUCUAAAAUUAAAGAAGCUCAAGAAGAGAUGGUGAGUUCUCUUUGAGUUUCAACCAACAGGAUAAAAGAGUUCAAGUAGAGAAGCUUGAAGACACCGAAAGCUGAGAUAAUAUGAUUCUGAAGUUAAUCCACAUUUGAAGCCAUGAUUUAAAUAUCAGCACUAAGAUUUUAACAAGAAAAAUUUAAACUUCAUUGGAUUUCCACAUCAAAGGAAAGUCCCAAGCUUUCAGAACGAGUUCACUCUUGAAAGUAAAGAGCAGCUUGCUAACCACAAAAGGGAACUCGAUGCCAAGUUUUUAGCUGCACUUCCUAAAGUUGCAGACUUAAGAAAAAUCUUUGAACCAAAGAGGAAAGAGAUUUUAGAAAUGAAGAGAAAAGAAAGAAUUGCCAGGCGCUUGGAAGGAAUCGAAAAUGAUGCCCAGCCCAUCCUCUUGCAGAGUUGCACAGGGCUGGUGACCCAUCGUCUCUUGGAGGAAGACACACCCAGAUACAUGCGCGCCACCGACCCUGCCAGCCCCCACAUUGGCCGGUCCAAUGAAGAGGAGGAAACUUCUGGUUCUUCUUUAGAGAAACACACUCAAGCUCAGUGCUGCACUGAGACCACAGGCAUCCACAGUGAUCCCACCUGUAGUUCAGGUUCCAUGGACACUCACAGUCUUGAGUCGAAAGCUGAAAGAAUUGCGAGGUACAAAGCAGAAAGGAGACGGCAACUGGCAGAGAAAUAUGGACUGACUCUGGAUCCCGAGGCUCACUCUGAAUAUUCAUCACGUUAUACCAAAUCCAGGAAGGACCCUGAUGCUGUGGAGAAACGAGGAGGAGUAAGUGAUAAGCAUGAAGAGUCAAGUUCUCCAUACUCUAGGGCUGAGGGCCUGGGGCUCAGGACCUCCAUGGUGGACUCCAAGGAAUACACCCUCCACUGGAAUGAAACUUCUGACAAGGAGGUGCUGCUCAACGUGGAAAACCAAAGACGAGGUCAAGAUCUGAGUGCCACCCGCCAGGCCCAUGACCUGCCCCCAACAGUGGAGAAUUCCUCAUCCUUCUCAUUCUCUGGGCGAGGCGCCUCCAUCACCGAAGUGCCAAGAUCCCCCAAACAAGUGCCCAGCUCCUCCCUUCAGCAAUCUGCCUCCCCAAACCACUCCAUCAAUGACCCCCCGCUGCCCUCUGAGGCUCGAUCCAGUACAGGGAAGCCCAAACAUGAGUGGUUUCUCCAGAAAGAUUCCGAAGGGGACACACCUUCACUUAUCAACUGGCCUUCCAGAGUUAAAGUUAGAGAAAAAUUGGUGAAAGAGGAGAGUGCUCGCAGCAGCCCCGAACUCGCCUCCGAGCCAUUAACUCAGAGGAGACAUCAACCAGUGCCAGUCCAUUAUCUGUCCUUUCAGUCAGAGAAUUCCGCCUUUGACAGGGUCAUGAGCAAAGCAGUGAGCUCUGGGCAACAGCUUAGCCGUGGUUGUGUCCAGCCAGAAAAUCCCAUCCACACUGUCAAGUUGGUAACUACAGAAACCCCAGAACAUGUGUCUGAAAGCAGCUGGGUGGGAUCAGCCACUUUGGAUGUCAUAAAUCCUCCCACAUUGAAGAUUCUAGAAGGUGAGCCAAGGGAUGUUCCAGCCCUCCAUAUUUGUGAGUCAAAAGCAGAAGAUGCGCCCUUCUCUGAAGCACCUGAGAAGAGCCAUAAAACAAUCGUUACCUUAAAGGAUGGAAUUGGAAUGAGCUUCCAAGAUUCCCCUCACAACGAAAACUUAGGUAAGCUCGUCGUUAGCACUGUCACCUUAGAGCAUCACAAGGAACCACAAGCUCAGCACGAGCCUGCUGAGAAAACAAGCCGGAGUGAGAUGGUUCUGUAUGUUCAGAGUGAGCCUGUAUCUCAAGAUGCCACGUUGACCCAUCACCCAAAGAAAGCCUCUCCAAGGAAGCACAAGGUCCUUACCCGCUCGCUGUCUGAUUACAUGGGUCCCCCUCAGCUCCAGGCUUUAAGACAGAAGGACCCAGCCUCAAAGCGAGAGCUGGAGCUACCGACCUCCAAGGCUUCAGGCACCUGUGCAGAAGCAGCCGUGCUGGACACAAAAGUCUCUGUUGCCCAGCUCCGAAAUGCAUUUCUGGAGUCUGCCAGAGCCAGCAAGAAACCUGAACUCCAAUCACGGGUUGAGAGAUCAACUGAAGGCGUUAACUUGUCUACCAGUAUGGAACAGGAGAGAGGGUCCCGGAAACCAAGACGCUAUUUUUCUCCUGGUGAAAGUAGAAAAACUUCCGAGAGAUUUAGAACUCAACCUAUAACCUCAGCAGAACGAAAGGAAUCAGAUCGGUAUACAUCAAGUUCAGAAAUGCCAACUGUAGAGGACGAAGAAAAGGUAGAUGAACGAGCCAAGCUAAGUGUUGCUGCCAAGAGGCUGCUUUUCAGGGAAAUGGAGAAAUCAUUUGACGAACAAAGUGUUCCAAGGAGACACUCGAGAAACUCGGCCGUGGAGCAAAGACUACGGCGGCUCCAGGACAGAUCACACACCCAGCCCAUCACCACUGAGGAAGUGGUCAUUGCAGCCACAUUACAGGCAUCUGCUCACCAAAAGGCUUUAGCCAAGGAACAGGCAAAUGAGGGCAAAGAUUUUACUGAACCAGGAGAACCUGAUUCCUCCACGCUGAGUUUAGUAGAGAAGUUGGCCUUGUUUAACAAAUUGUCCCAGCCUGUCUCAAAAGCCAUUUCUACCCGAAAGAGAAUAGACAUGAAGCAGAGAAGAAUGAAUGCUCGCUACCAAACUCAGCCAGUCACCCUCGGAGAGGUGGAGCAGGUACAAAGUGGGAAACUCAUCUCUUUUACCCCCACUGUGAACACAUCUGUGUCAACCAUGGCCUCUGCAGUCACCCCUACAUAUGCCGGGGAGCUCCGGACAAAGCCAUCAGCUGACAACAAUGCAAGUGCCACCGAGGGUAAAUUGCCCUCUUCCGUGGAAAAUUCAGACUCUCCAGUUAGAAGCAUUCUGAAAUCACCAGCUUGGCAGUCUUUGGGAGAAAACAGUGGGAGCAGAGGAAUGCUGAGAGAAUUUGGAGAAUCAGAAAACAAGAGUUUUUUGACAUCUGCAGAAAGUAAUAUAAAAACAUACGAGUCCUUUGAGGAAGUGGAAGCCUCCUACCCUGGCCCCAGUAGGGUGAGGGAAGCAGACAGCCAGAGGGAACAGAAAUGUGCUCUACCAAGGAAAGAAAGCCUGGAACUAGCUAGUACUCCUGUCACCCACCUUGGCGAUGAACCAAAGAAAUUUUCCACAGCUAAAAUCAGCACCCAGGGUAACUUGGAUGUGAAGGACAGGCCACCCUUUGAAGAGAAGGUAGAUGAGGAGAGCAUCACCAAAAGGAGAUUUUCACUCAAAGCUGAAUGCGAAGAACUGGCUUCUGAGCAGCUAGGGACAACUGAGGGGAAGACUUCAGGCACAGGGGCCUGGAAGCAGCAAGAUCCUUCAGAAACACUACAGAAAUAUUACAAGAGUCCGUGUGCGAUGUUUGCUACCGGAGAGAUCAAAGCACCUAUCGGAGAGGUCAUACUUGAUUCCUCUAGUAAAACCAUGUCAAUUAAAGAGAGGUUGGCACUGCUGAAGAAGAGUGGUGAAGAAGACUGGAAGAACAGACUUCAUCGAAAGCAGGAAUACGUCAAAGCAUCAGCCAGCAGCAGCCUACACAUCCAGGAAACAGAGCAGUCUCUGAAGAAGAAGCGGGUCACGGAAAGUCGGGAGAGCCAGAUGACCAUUGAGGAGAGGAAGCAGCUCAUCACCGUGCGGGAGGAAGCAUGGAAGACCAAGGGCAGAGGCGCUGCCAAUGACUCCACCCAGUUCACAGUGGCCGGCAGAAUGGUGAAGAAAGGCUUGGCAUCACCCACUGCCAUAACUCCAGUCUCAUCUCCUCUGUGUAGUAAGUCAAGAGGUACUACGCCAGUGUCCAAACCCCUAGAAGAUAUUGAAGCCAGACCAGAUAUGCAAUUGGAAUCAGACCUGAAGUUAGAUAAGCUAGAAACCUUUCUAAGAAGGCUAAAUAACAAAGUUGGUGGGAUGCAAGAAACGAUCCUCACUGUCACCGGGAAGUCUGUGAAGGAGGUGAUGAAGCUGGAUGAUGACGAAACCUUUGCCAAAUUCUAUCGCAGUGUGGAUUCUAACAUCCCAAAAAGUCCUGUGGAGUUAGAUGAAGAUUUUGAUGUUAUUUUCGACCCUUAUGCACCCAAAUUAACGUCGUCUGUGGCGGAGCACAAGCGUGCAGUUAGGCCCAAGCGCCGAGUCCAGGCUUCCAAAAACCCCUUGAAGAUGUUGGCGGCAAGAGAGGAUCUCCUCCAGGAAUACACGGAACAGAGGCUGAAUGUGGCCUUCAUGGAGUCCAAGCGGAUGAAGGUGGAAAAGAUGUCCUCCAACUCCAACUUCUCCGAAGUGACUCUGGCAGGCUUAGCCAGUAAGGAAAACUUCAGCAAUGUCAACUUGCGGAGUGUCAACCUGACAGAGCAGAAUUCUAACAACAGCGCUGUGCCCUACAAAAAGCUGAUGUUGUUACAGAUUAAAGGAAGAAGACACGUGCAAACAAGGCUGGUGGAGCCUCGCGCCUCAUCACUCAACAGCGGGGACUGCUUCCUUCUGCUGUCUCCCCAGUACUGCUUUCUGUGGGUUGGAGAGUUCGCAAAUGUCAUCGAAAAGGCAAAGGCGUCAGAACUAGCAACUUUAAUUCAGACAAAGAGGGAGCUUGGCUGCAGAGCUACCUAUAUCCAGACCAUUGAGGAAGGAAUUAAUACACACACUCAUGCAGCCAAAGAUUUCUGGAAGCUUCUGGGUGGCCAAACCACUUAUCAAUAUGCUGGAGACCCAAAGGAAGAUGAACUGUAUGAGACAGCCAUCAUAGAAACGAACUGCAUUUACCGUUUGAUGGAGGAUAAGCUUGUGCCUGAUGAUGACUACUGGGGGAAAGUUCCCAAGUGCUCUCUCCUGCAGUCCAGAGAGGUCCUGGUGUUUGAUUUUGGCAGUGAAGUUUACGUGUGGCAUGGAAAAGAAGUCACAUUGGCCCAACGGAAAAUAGCGUUUCAGCUGGCAAAGCACUUGUGGAACGGAACCUUUGACUAUGAGAACUGUGACAUCAAUCCUCUGGACCCUGGAGAAUGCAAUCCGCUUAUUCCCAGAAAAGGACAAGGACGGCCAGACUGGGCGAUAUUUGGGAGGCUUACAGAACACAAUGAGACUAUUUUGUUCAAAGAGAAAUUUCUCGAUUGGACUGAAUUGAAGAGACCUACAGAGAAGAACACCGGGGAACUUACCCCACAGAAGGAAGAUCCCAGAGCGGACAUCAAGCCAUGUGAUGUGACACGGAUGGUGGCGGUGCCCCAGGUGACAGCCAGCACUAUACUGGACGGAGUCAAUGUUGGCCGUGGCUAUGGCCUGGUGGAAGGGGAGGACAGGAGACAGUUUGAGAUUGCCAGUGUCUCUGUGGACGUGUGGCAUAUCCUGGAAUUUGACUACAGCCGUCUCCCCAGACAGAGCAUCGGGCAGUUCCAUGAAGGUGAUGCCUAUGUGGUCAAGUGGAAGUUCAUGGUGAGCACCGCAGUGGGAAGCCGACAAAAGGGAGAGCACCCGAUCCGAGUGGCUGGCAAAGAGAAAUGUGUGUACUUCUUCUGGCAAGGCCGGCACUCCACUGUGAGUGAGAAGGGAACGUCAGCUCUGAUGACCGUGGAGUUGGAUGAGGAAAGAGGGGCUCAAGUCCAGGUUCUGCAGGGAAAGGAGCCCCCCUGUUUCCUGCAGUGUUUCCAGGGUGGAAUGGUUGUGCACUCUGGGCGGCGAGAAGAGGAAGAAGAAAAUGUGCAGAGCGAGUGGAGGCUGUACUGCGUUCGGGGCGAGGUGCCCAUGGAGGGGAAUUUGCUGGAGGUGGCCUGCCACUGCAGCAGCCUGAGGUCCAGGACUUCAAUGGUGGUCCUCAACGUGAACAAGGCCCUCAUUUACCUGUGGCACGGAUGCAAAGCCCAAGCCCACACGAAGGAGGUUGGGAGGACCGCAGCAAAUAAGAUCAAGGAACAGUGUCCCCUGGAGGCAGGUUUGCACAGCAGUAGCAACGUGACGAUACAUGAGUGUGAUGAAGGAUCUGAGCCCCUGGGGUUCUGGGAGGCCUUAGGAAGGAGAGACAGGAAAGCAUACGAUUGCAUGCUUCAAGAUCCUGGCAGUUUUAACUUCGCACCCCGCCUGUUCAUCCUCAGCAGCUCAUCUGGGGAUUUCUCAGCCACGGAAUUUGUGUACCCUGCCCGAGCUCCCUCUGUGGUCAGCUCUAUGCCCUUCCUGCAGGAGGACCUGUACAGUGCACCACAGCCAGCGCUUUUCCUGGUUGACAAUCACCAUGAGGUAUACCUCUGGCAAGGCUGGUGGCCCAUCGAGAACAAGAUCACCGGCUCUGCCCGCAUCCGCUGGGCCUCUGACCGGAAGAGUGCAAUGGAGACUGUCCUGCAGUACUGCCGAGGAAAGAACCUCAAGAAGCCACCUCCCAAGUCUUACCUCAUCCAUGCUGGUCUCGAGCCCCUGACGUUCACCAACAUGUUUCCCUGCUGGGAGCACAGGGAAGACAUUGCUGAGGUCACGGAAAUGGACACGGAGGUUUCCAAUCAGAUCACCCUUGUGGAAGAUGUCUUGGCCACACUCUGUAAAACCAUCUACCCACUGGCUGAUCUCCUAGCCAGGCCACUCCCAGAAGGAGUGGAUCCUCUAAAGCUGGAGAUUUAUCUCACUGAUGAAGACUUCGAGUUUGCUCUAGAUAUGACAAGAGAUGAAUACAGCGCACUGCCCACCUGGAAACAGGUGAAUCUGAAGAAAGCAAAAGGCCUGUUCUGAGUGCCACAGAUGCCGGAGGAGCCUCAUGGUCACCUUCAACCAUAGCACCCCAAAAAUGGAUACUUUUUUCAGACUGAUUUUUUUUUAUUAUUUUGAAAUCAGAGGGUUUUUUUAAAACCCCAAACCUGAUCUUAUUAACGAUACCGCUUGUCCUGGAGUUGUGUAUUUUGUAAAUGUUUUAAGAGAACUCUUUGGAAAUGUGCUUUCCGCAAUUCAGCAGGUGAUGUCAAUUAAAGCAUUUCUCCGUGCACUUGACCGGUGAUUUAGAGCCACAGCUCUGCCCUCUUCCUUUGACUACACAUGGCCGACUCUCUUUUUGUAGCAGUUCUCUUUAUAAAAGUGUUAUUUUGAUAGUUUGUGGAUUCUAAAAUAUAUAUAUUUAUAUAAACACCAUAUAAAUCAAAUAUGUAUUUAAAAAAGCAAUAUGUAUUCAUUCACUUUUAAUUUCUUUUUUUGAUGUCAAAAUAUUACUGCAAGAUAGCUGAAAUUGCUUCUGUUGGCUUCAGUCUGCCACCCGUCUGUAUCCUCACCUAUUCAGAAGCAUUUCCUGUCACAUUAGAUCUGACUUGUUUUGAGUACUGCUUCCGGUGCUAAAAAUGAACAGAAAAAAAAAUGUACUGAAUGGCAUGGACUCCGAAGAAUCUAUGCAAAUCUACCUUUAAUAUCUCCCCAGAAAUAUAUAGUGCCUUGUUUCGAUGUACAGUUUAUAUACAGAAAAGUUUGCUCUGCCUUUUUGAUGAUGGUUUUAAAUGUUAUCUACAGUUUUACUCUCAAAUAGUAGAAAGAAAAACAUCUCAAUUUCUAAUACCCAUUGUAAACAUUACACAGUGUCAUUUUGUGACAUAAGGACCCCUCCAAAAAAAAAUAAAAACUUCAGAAUAAUCACAA